AUGGUGGCCACAAAGAAGACAAAAAAGUCGCUGGAGUCGACCAACUCUAGGCUUCAACUCGUUAUGAAAAGUGGAAAGUACGUGCUGGGGUACAAGCAGACUCUGAAGAUGAUCAGACAAGGCAAAGCGAAAUUGGUCAUUCUCGCUAACAACUGCCCAGCUUUGAGGAAAUCCGAAAUAGAGUACUACGCAAUGUUAGCCAAAACUGGUGUCCUUCACUAUAGUGGCAAUAAUAUUGAACUGGGCACAGCAUGUGGAAAAUACUACAGAGUGUGCACACUGGCUAUCAUUGAUCCAGGUGAUUCUGACAUCAUUAGAAGCAUGCCAGAACAGACUGGUGAAAAGUAAAUCAUGCA